UUCUGUCAGCACUGUCUGGAGGGAUUGCCUUUGGAUAAGAAGAAUGAAACCUAUUAUGUUUCUUGUCCCACUUGUCGUAAUCGUACAGAUUUACCAGAACAAGGAGCAGCAGCUUUUCCUGUAGCAUUUCAUUUGAACAAUCUGAAGGAGUUGUAUAGUGCAAUGAAGAAGACACCAGCUUUAUCAGAUCCUCAAGAAGCCACAUGUAGUGAUCAUGGAAGGCCAUUGGAACUCUUCUGUGACUCAUGUGAUACAUUAAUCUGUAUUAGUUGCUCAGUUCAUAGUCACAAGCAUCAUGAAUAUGACUUAGUUACUGAAAUUUAUUCUAAACACUGUCAAAAGUUAAGAGAAUGUCUAUCUCCUGUUGAAGCAAAGAAGGAUGUACUCAAGAAGGUCCUGUCUGCUUUAACAGAAAAAGAGGGUGAGAUCAGAGAGAGAGGAGAAGGAGUCUUAGAAGAAAUACAUGAAAUGGUAGAGGAAAUGGUGGGUGUUCUUCGGCAAUCAGAGAGGAAAUUGACUGAACAGGCAAGGAAGGUCAUUGAUGAUAAACUAAAUGUGCUGUCAGAGCAGGUUAAAUCAGCAGAAACAAGUUUGCGUCUUCUAGAGGAUGUUGGGGAUUAUGUGGAACAGAGUCUGAAAACAGGCAGCCCUCAACAAGUCCUGGGGUCAAAGAAACAGAUGAUGGAGCAUAUGAGUGAAGUUACUGCAGGGAUCAAUGUGGAAGAGUUACAUCCAAAAGAAAAGGCUGACUUUGUAUUGAGUAAAAAUAUAAAGUCACUGCAUGACAUUGGAGAUAUUAUUUCAGGCAAUAUUGGACUACAGCAGUGUCGAGUGAAGAAAAUUGAUCGUAUCACACCUGCUGACAGAACACGUUCAUUAUCAAUAUCAAUUGAAGCACCAAAUUCAUCCAUUUUGUCUGUUCCCCUCUCUUCUAUCAGGUGUAGUCUAUUUGGUAAAGGUGAUCAACCCAUUCACACUACAGUCACUACCACCAGCACUGAUCCUGGAGUGUAUAGAAUACAAUGUGACAAUUCAACUCGUGGUGUUCAUAUAGUAAAAGUACAAGUAUACGGUGUUCAGCUUAAGAAUAUCUCACUAGUCGUCCCUUUUAAUCCUUGCCUUAACAACAUCAUUCCAGUACAUACGGUCACAAAGCUCAAUCAUCCGUGGGGAGUUGCCAUAAGUGAUGAUGAUGUUAUAAUAACUGAGAAUUGUGGCAACUGUGUAACAAUACUAGAUAGAGAAGGACAAAAGGUGAAGUCAUUAGGAGGGAAGGGAAAAAAUGGCAAUAUCAAGUUUAGUUCUCCUUCUGGUAUAGCCAUUACUUCAGACAAAUUUGUUCUUGUGUCUGAUGAAAGUCAUAAAAUUCAAAAGAUAAGCAUGGAUGGAAGCCGUAAAGUAUCAGUUGGUAAAAAGGGUAGUGGACCCCUACAAUUCAAUGUUCCUGAUGGUAUAGCCAUUUCUCCUUUAUCAGGGCAGAUAUUUAUCGCUGAUAGUAAUAAUCAUCGUAUACAAGUCUUGAAUCCUGACCUAACCUUCUCUCAUUUGUUUGGUAGUGAAGGAUCAGCUAGUGGACAGUUUCAGCAUCCACGUGACAUUGCUAUUGACAGCCAAGGUUUAGUGUAUGUCACCGACUAUGGUAAUCAUCGCAUUCAAAAGUUCUCUCCAGAUGGAAAGUGUUUGCGCUUGUUUGGUACUAAAGGAUCUUUUAAUGGGCAACUUCAGUAUCCAUUAUGCAUAACAAUAGACACUGUAGCUACUGGUCUUGUGUAUAUUGGUGAAUAUGGCAAUAAUCGUAUCUCUGUCUUUACUAAUGAGGGUGUUUUUAUUAAUAUUAUUGGAGGGAGAGGCAGUAAUAUUGAUCAGUUUAAUUAUCCUUAUGGAUUAACAUUUGACAAGAAUGGAUUCUUGUAUGUUUGUGAUAAUUGUAAUAAACGACUUGUUAUUUAUUAGAUCAUUUAUUAUUGAUUUUUGUUCAAUAAUUAA